CAUCAUGUCGGAAGGAAGCGAAGAUCCCGCGUCCCUGUCGCCUCAGGAGGGGGCCGACAUUCCGGAAGGCGGUGGGGCUGCGGUGGGAGUGCUGGAACCAGCUCCCGCUGUAGCUGUUUCCCCGGUAGCUGAAGAACCCGCUGGAGACGCGAAAAAGAAAAUUGAUAUCUUACUCAAGGCUGUUGGAGAUACCCCUAUAAUGAGGACCAAGAAAUGGACUGUAGAGAGAACUCGCACAAUCCAGGGGCUUAUUGACUUUAUCAAAAAGUUUCUCAAACUAGUGGCCUCAGAACAGCUGUUUAUUUAUGUGAAUCAGUCCUUUGCGCCUUCACCAGACCAGGAAGUUGGAACACUCUAUGAGUGCUUUGGGAGUGAUGGCAAACUGGUACUGCAUUAUUGUAAAUCUCAAGCCUGGGGCUGAAUUAAGAGCUGCCAGUGUUUAGAAUUGUCAGACAGCAAAUGGGCUCUAAUCUUCAGAGACAUUCCUCUUGGACCAACUGAAAAGAUGUUUGCAUUGUUGCCCAUGGAAUUCAUUUUAUUCCUCCUCAAGUUUUCUCUACAAGCCAAUGCAGCUGAUUGCAGGUGUUUCUCAGCCCGAUCAUUUUCUCUUUUGUUUUGUGGAAAUAAUUGUACAUUUCUUCAUGAAGAAUUGAGCUGGCUUUUCAUGCUCCAAAACCUUGAAAUUUCUUUCUGGAAAAGGGAUACUCCUCUCCUGACACAAGAGUCCACAGUUCAUCAUUCAGCAGGUUGUAUGGAAGUUAUUUAAACUGUUUCCUUGCAGAAGAAUGCUUACUGUACAUGGAUAGCUGGAGUGUCACUACCUAAUAUAGAAGAGUUAAAAUUUCUGUUUCCUGUUGUCCUUGACGCCUUGUUUGAAACACAGUAACUUGGUUCCAACAUCUGGUUCCAUGCGCUCAUAGGACUUUGGAAUUGUGUUUCAAAUAACAGCCUUUCCUCUCCAUUGGAUUGCAAACUUUGUCUAAAAUUGUAAGGAUUUUCCAGUACACUUUGUGACAUGGCAUGUAGGGGAUGGGGGUGUUCUGCUGUUCAUGGCAGGGAAAGGCCCUUUUAAAAGUUUUUAGAUUCUGGACAACCCGUGCUUGCUUCCUAACACAAUAUGUUCAGCGUAACUGCUGUAUCACAAUGAAAAUAUUUGAUAUUCUGAAGUAUCAAUAAUAAAUAAAAUAUUUGAUCUUCUAAAAUCGGGGAUAAGCGUUUGAAUACAAAUAUACUGUCCUACUGAAUUGACUUGCUACAUAAGUAUGGGUUUAUGAGGGGAUAGAACUCAACAUUCCAAUUUCAAAAUUAUAAGGCUCUGCUGUUCUAAUAAAGUAAAAAUGUUUUAGAUAAACACAA